UGUGACUCUUCGACAGUCUUGAUAGUUCAAGCGCCGCUCCCAUUCAGUCACACGCAGAGACUGACGAAGAUCUGAGUUGAACAAUGUCUCCAGCUCUCCUCGCUAACGGCAAUAUCAUCGACGUCAAGCCGGCCUCGGCUUCCGCCACCGGAAGAGUCGCCUCCGUUUACAGCGAGGUCCAAACGAGUCGUAUCGAGCACGAGCUUCCGCUUCCGUCGGUUCUCAGAAGCUCCUUUAAAAUAGUCGAUGGCCCCGCUAGCUCCGCCGCUGGCAACCCAGAUGGGAUUGCAAAACUAUUUCCGAAUCUGUUCGGGCAACCUUCGGCAAUACUGGUGCCGAGCGAAUCCAAUACGUUGAGGUCGGAUCAGAAGCUGAAGAUCGGCGUCGUUUUGUCUGGAGGCCAGGCUCCUGGUGGACACAAUGUGAUUUCUGGAAUCUUUGAUUACUUGCAGGAACGCGCAAAAGGAAGCACAUUGUACGGGUUCAAAGGCGGUCCUGCUGGGAUCAUGAAGUGCAAAUAUGUGGAUCUAAGUACAGACUAUAUUUAUCCGUACAGAAAUCAGGGUGGCUUCGAUAUGAUUUGCAGUGGGAGGGACAAGAUUGAAACUCCAGAGCAGUUUAAGCAAGCUGAAGAAACUGCAUUGAAGCUUGACUUGGAUGGGCUUGUUGUUAUUGGUGGAGAUGACUCCAAUACAAAUGCCUGCCUCCUUGCCGAAAACUUCAGGGGUAAAAAUCUGAAAACUCGGGUGAUUGGAUGCCCUAAGACCAUUGAUGGGGAUCUGAAAUGCAAAGAGGUUCCUACAAGUUUUGGGUUUGAUACUGCUUGCAGGAUUUAUGCAGAAAUGAUUGGUAAUGUUAUGGUUGAUGCCCGAUCAACUGGAAAGUAUUAUCAUUUUGUACGGCUUAUGGGGCGUGCAGCUUCACACAUCACUCUAGAGUGUGCCCUACAAACACAUCCAAAUAUUACGAUUAUUGGAGAAGAGGUUGCUGCUAAGAAGCUGACGUUGAAAAAUGUGACUGACUAUAUUGUAGAUGUAAUCUGUAAACGUUCCGGACUUGGUUUUAACUAUGGUGUUAUACUUAUCCCUGAAGGUCUAAUUGAUUUCAUUCCCGAGGUACAGCAGCUUAUCGCCGAAUUGAAUGAAAUCCUGGCCCAUGAUACUGUGGAUGAAGGUGGGCUAUGGAAAAAGAAACUUGCAAAUCAAUCUCUACAGCUUUUUGAAUUUUUACCUCAAGCAAUCCAGGAACAGUUGAUGCUUGAAAGAGAUCCUCAUGGAAAUGUUCAGGUUGCCAAAAUAGAAACUGAGAAAAUGCUUAUUCAAAUGGCUGAAACCGAGUUGGAAAAGAGGAAGCAAGAAGGUUCAUAUAAAGGACAAUUUAGAGGGCAGUCCCAUUUUUUCGGGUACGAAGGGAGAUGUGGUUUGCCAACUAACUUCGAUUCUAGCUAUUGCUAUGCAUUGGGUUUUGCUGCUGGAGCUCUCCUUCAGGGUGGGAAAACUGGGUUGAUAUCAUCGGUUGGUAAUUUGGCUGCUCCAGUUGAAGAAUGGACAGUUGGUGGGACAGCAUUGACUUCAUUAAUGGACGUGGAGAGAAGACAUGGUAAGUUUAAGCCUGUGAUAAAGAAGGCAAUGGUGGAGCUUGAAGGGGCACCUUUCAAGAAAUUUGCAUCCAUGCGGGACGAGUGGGCACUCAAGAAUUGCUACAUCAGUCCUGGUCCUAUCCAGUUUCAUGGUCCAGUAUCAAAUGCAGUUAAUCAUACUUUACUCCUCGAACUUGGAGUUCAGGCAUAGGAAAAUUGUUGAAUUCCUGCUUUGAUGAGCGUUCAUAUAUUUAGAGAAACAAUUUAAAUCUGUGCUGUUCUGUAUCUUUGAGAUUUGUCUUUUGUUUCUGUCGCAUGCUUCUUUCCUAGUUUGCUUCAUGUGGGAUGUUCUAAUUCAUUAGAAAUUUCUGUUUUGCUACAUGUUGAAACUUGGAAGUUGAAACCACUAU